GUCCCACCAAGCCUGCUGCCCUGGUCGUCCGCGGCCCGCCCCAGGCAGCCCGGCCUCCUCGUCCCGGCCCGCGCAGGCGACCAGACGGAGAGAAGUUGAGGAGCGGAGGUCUCUGGAGCUGGGAUGGAGGACACCGGGGUCAGGGGGGCCGCCCAGCGGCGGCGCAAGGCCCCCCAUGAACUGAGACCCGAAGGCCCCACCAGCAUGGAUACUCUUACCUAUCCAGAAGAUCUCAAAGAUGCGUUCACCUGGGACAUAAAGGCCAACAGCCGUGCCUACAACUGGCAGUUCAAGGCGAAGGUGUUUCUGUGCUGGCACAGGCCAAAGUACAAGACCAAUGUCAUCCACACGGCCAAGUACAACUUCUUCUCCUUCCUGCCGCGGAACCUGUACGAGCAGUUCCACAGCGUGUCCAACCUGUACUUCCUUCUGAUCAUCAUCCUGCAGAGCAUCCCCGAGAUCUCCACACUGCCCUGGUUCACUCUCUUUGCCCCCUUGGUCUGCCUCAUCGUCAUCCAUGCCACCCGCGACCUGGUGGACGACAUUAGCCGACAUAGGAGCGACAGAGCCAUCAACAACAGGCCCUGCCAGGUCCUCGUGGAGAAUAGCUUCAUUUGGCAAAAAUGGAAGAAUCUGUGCGUGGGAGACGUGGUCCGUCUCAGCAAGGACAACAUAGUCCCGGCCGACUUGCUCUUGCUGGCCAGCACUGAGCCCAGCAGCCUGUGCUACGUGGAGACGGCGGACAUCGACGGGGAGACCAACUUGAAGUUCAGACAGGCCCUGAUGGUCACCCACCACGAGCUGACUAAUCCAAGGAAGAUGGCAUCCUUCCGAGGCCGGGUGAUGUGUGAGGAGCCCAACAGCAGAAUGCACCAAUUUGUGGGCCACCUGGAGUGGAACGGCAAUAUGUACCCCCUGGACAUUGGCAACAUCCUCCUCCGCGGCUGCAAGAUUCGCAACACGGAUGCCUGCUAUGGAAUGGUCAUCUAUGCUGGCUUUGACACAAAGAUCAUGAAGAACUGUGGCAAGAUCCACUUGAAGAGAACCAAGCUAGACCUGCUGAUGAACAAGCUGGUGGUCCUGAUCCUCCUGUCUCUGGUGGUCGUGUCCAUAGUCCUGGCCGUGAGCUUCGGUUUCCAGAUGAGAGAGUUCAGAGACAAACACUACUACCUCUGGAUCCCGUACCGGGGCGGCGUGGCCAUGGAGUCCUUCUUCAUCUUCUGGGGCUUCCUCACCCUGCUGAGCGGCAUGGUCCCAAUAGCUAUGUUCAUCAUAGCGGAGUUCAUCUACGUGGGGAACAGCAAGUUCAUCAACUGGGACGAGGAGAUGUACUACGCGCCGCAGGAUGUGCCCGCCAAGGCACGCAGCACCAACCUCAACGACCAGCUGGGCCAGGUGGAGUACAUCUUCUCGGACAAGACGGGCACGCUCACGCAGAACAUCCUGACCUUCAAGAAGUGCUGCAUUGACGGCUACAUCUACGGUCCGGAUUCAGAGAGCAGGACCUCCAAGGAGAACCCCUACCUGUGGAACCAGUUUGCUGACGGGAAGUUGCGUUUCCACAACAAGAAACUGCUGGACAUCGUGCGAGCCAAGAGGGACAAGGUGGUGCAAGAGUUCUGGCGCGUGCUCGCCAUCUGCCACACCGUCAUGGUGCAGAGGAAAGACAACCUGCUGGUGUACCAGGCGGCUUCCCCAGAUGAGGAGGCGCUGGUCACGGCAGCUCGGAACUUCGGCUACGUGUUCCUGUCACGCACCCAGGACACCAUCACGCUCAUGGAGCUGGGGGAGGAGAGGGUCUACCAGGUCCUGGCCAUGAUGGACUUCAACAGCUCACGCAAGCGGAUGUCAGUGCUGGUCCGAAACCCAGAGGGCACCAUCUGCCUCUACACCAAGGGUGCUGACACGGUCAUUUUGGAGCGCUUACACAAGAAACACGUCACGAAGCUGACCACAGAGGAGGCCUUGGCUGCCUUUGCUAAGGAGAGCCUGCGGACGCUGUGCCUGGCCUACAAGGAGGUGGAUGAGGCCAUGUAUGAGAGGUGGCACCAGCAGCAUGAGGAGGCCGGUGUCCUGCUGCAGAACCGGGUGCAGGCCCUGCAGGAGCUGUACAACGAGAUGGAGCAGAGCCUCAAUCUGCUGGGAGCCACAGGCAUUGAGGACAGACUCCAGGACGGCGUUCCUGUCACCAUCGAGUGUCUCAAGAAGGCGAACAUCAAAAUAUGGGUGCUCACAGGGGACAAGCAAGAGACAGCAGUGAACAUCAGCUUUGCCUGCCAGCUGCUGUCGGAGAACAUGGUCAUUCUGGAGGAGAAGAAGAUACUCCACAUCCUGGAGACCUGCUGGGAUCCCAAAAACCUGCUUACCAACAAGGGCCUUCGGAAUCUCACGCAACACUCCAAGUUUGCCAUGGUCGUUGAUGGGGACUUCCUGGACAAGCUGCUGCUGUCCCUGCGCAAGGAGCCGCGGGCCCUGAUCCAGAACAUGGAGGCAGACGAGUCAUGGCAAGAGCCCUAUAAGGGCGUGAGGGACUUCCUGCAGGGCCGGAGCAUAUCCAGGCUGUGGCGGAGCUUCAGCGCCCAGCUGACCCAGACGAAGUCCAAGGCCUUGAAAACCCGAGAGAGCCCCGAGAUGCAGCGUGAGCGGGCCUUCAUGGAACUGGCCUCGCGGUGCCAGGCUGUCAUCUGCUGCCGGGUGACGCCCAAGCAGAAGGCCUUAGUUGUGGCCCUGGUCAAGAAAUACCAGCAAGUGGUGACCCUGGCUAUCGGGGAUGGCGCCAACGACGUCAACAUGAUCAAGACGGCAGACAUUGGCGUGGGGCUGGCAGGGCAGGAGGGCACACAGGCAGUGCAGAACAGUGACUUCGCGCUGGGCCAGUUCUGCUUCCUGCAGCGGCUGCUGCUGGUGCAUGGCCGCUGGUCCUACAUGCGAGUCUGCAAGUUCCUGCGCUACUUCAUCUACAAGACACUGGCCAUCAUGAUGCCUCAGAUCUGGUUUGCUUUCUACAACGGCUUCAGCGCCCAGACCCUGUAUGAAGGCUGGUUCCUGGCCCUGUUCAACCUCCUGUACAGCACCCUCCCGGUCCUCUACAUCGGGCUGUUCGAACAGGAUGUGAGCGCAUCGCAGAGUCUGCAGAUGCCCGAGCUGUACGUGGCAGGGCAGAAGGACGAGCUCUUCAACUAUUGGGUCUUCCUCCAAGCCAUCACCCAUGGUACAGCCACCUCCCUGGUCAACUUCUUGAUGACCCUGUGGACCAGCAGGGACACCGCGGGGCCCUGCAGCUACAGCGAUCACCAGUCCUUUGCGGUGGUCAUGGCCCUGUCAGGGCUGUUGUGCAUCACCAUGGAGGUCAUCCUGAUCAUCAAGUACUGGACCAUGCUGGGUGUGGUGGCCGUCUUCCUCAACCUCAGCUUCUACGGGGUCAUGACUUACAUCACCCAGAGCUCCUGGCUCUACAGGAUCUCCCCAAAGACCUUCCCAUUUCUGUACGCCGACCGCAACGUGCUGUCCUGCCCCUCCACCGUGUUGGUCAUCCUGUUGAACAUGUCCCUGAACACCCUGCCCGUCCUAGCCCUGCGGGUGAUCCGGCAAACCCUUAAGAAGCCACUCCCCAAGGAGGAGGCAAAGGAAAAGGCCCCAGAUGAAGAAAUUUUCACCGUGGAGCCCAUGCCCAGUUUACAUCGGGGGCUACGCCACCGGCGUUCCAGCUAUGACUUCUCUCACUGUGAGGGCUAUGCAAACCUCAUCAGUCAGGGCACAAUUCUGAAGAGAUCACUAUAAGGCUGGUGGCAGGCACCCCUCCCUGCCCUAAUGAGAAAAGAGGAGGCCCCUCCUGUCCCUCGGUGCCCACCCCAAAACUGAAACUCCUGGCCAAAGAAGCUCCCAUCCCCCAACGCUAAGGCCACUCAUACUUCUGUGUCAUGGGACUUCCUGGGUCUCUCUCUCACAGGGCCCGUGAACUUCACCUGGGAGCGCCCUAAUAAAGCCUCGUUGCU